UUGGAAGUUUAACAAAAGAGGGGAGGAAGGAGGAGCUUCCCGAUCCAGAUGCUGCCUAUUCUGCCCUGCGUCUGAUUCUCAAGUUACACAAGAUGAGGGAGGAAGGGGAUACAGCUGCUCCCUGGAUUUUCAAAGAGGGGAGCAGGGGCGCCGGCACAUGCUGACACGAUGACCGUGAGACGGACGGCAGAGGUGACCAGGAAUAAGGGCCGCUCGUUGCAUCAGUCCAGCCGCAGGGCAAAACUUGAAGGAAAAGAGAACUUUGCGGCUCUGGGAAAACUUGAAGUUUCUUUUCCUGGAAAAAGCGAAGGAGAUAAUAUUUUUGUGACUGUGCAGGAGAACCGAGAGGGGCCUCUAAGGAACCGCUCCCUGGAAGGUCUGGAGAACCUUCAAGACGAAUCGGAGCCGGAACGUCUAGAACGGAACAUGCUUAGUCGCAAAAUGUUCAUCAAUGAACCGGUCAUGGAUCUGAAUGUGAAGGAGCACGGGCAUAUCCUUAAGAAACAACUGGGGGGCGCGCAGAUUUCAGAGAUACCCCAAAAGGUCACACUGAAGAAGACCUCGAGCAUCAAGGACAAGAUUUCUGAGUGGGAAGGUAAGAAGGAGACUCAGUCUCCCAUUCUCAGCAGGAAGGAGUCCAUGCAUGUGAAGCGCCAGGACUCGGUGGGACUUUCUCCCGGAGACGCGGUCGGAGCGGAUGGAAAGCUUCGGCAAAAGGGAAGCGUUAAAAGGAUGUUCAGCCGCGAGAAUGAAAGCAAAGAGACGGACAAGAAAGAGACCUCAAAGGUGGAGAAAAAGACAGAAAAAGAAACCGAUCCAAGUAGAGAGAGACUCCAAGAUCAGGUGACUCCAUCUUCUAAGAAGGAGCAGGCGAUAGUCUUGAGUCAGGUGAAAAAGUUUGAAAAGUCCUCCAAAGAAGGAUCGGUAGAGAUGCAACCGCAGCUGCCGGGCACCUAUUACUCCCCGCAGUGCCUCGAGACCGAUAACCAGGAGCACAGAGCGGGGUCCAAGCAAAAAUGGGGCUCGGACUCUGAAAACACCGAACCUAUCUUUGGGACGGUGGGGGAGGGCAGAAUAUCUAGAAGGACAAGCAAUGCCGAGAAUGUCUAUACGGAGCCCGGGGCGCCAGAGAAGAAGUUGCCAAUCAACCCACUGCCCAAACCUAGAAGAACGUUCCGGCACGAAGGAGAAGGGGAGACGGGGACGCGUAGGCCAGGUGGACUCCGUAAAAUCGAUCGGGAUUUGCCCCCGCUUCCUUGUAUAUCUCCCCCUCCUCUCCCCUCGUCGCCACCUCCCGCGGCCGUCAGCAGAAGGCUUUGGAACAGCAAACACAAGAACAACGGAGACCACAGGAAGUCUUAUGAAUUUGAGGACCUUCUGCAGUCGUCGGAGAGCGGCCGAGUGGACUGGUACGCUCAGACCAAGCUGGCCCUCACACGCACUUUAUCAGAGGAAAACGUCUACGAGGACAUCCUGGACACCCCUUCCAAAGAGAAUCCUUACGAAGAUAUUGAGACAGACAAUCGUUGUCUUGGGAAGAAGUGCGUCCCGGCUUUUCCAAGCUCGAUCCCCACCAUUCCCGGAACUCCAACCAAGGUUUCCCAGAAGUCCCCCUUUUUCAGACAAAACUCGGAACGUCGGAGCUUCAAACUGCUAGACCUUCGGAAGUUGGGACGAGAUGGAGUGGCCUCUCCCAGUAAGCUAAGUCCUCCGUCCUCUCCGAGCAGCCCCGAUGAUUCUUUUUUCGGCACGGGGGACCCUCCGAACGGACGGAAGAGGCGAAAAAUCCCAAAGCUGGUGAUCAGAAUCAAUGCAAUCUUUGAAGCCCGGCGAGGGAAAAAGAGAGUGAAGAGGCUGUCACAGUCCACGGAGAAUAAUUCCGGGAGAGUUACAGACGAUAACAGCGAAUCAGACAGCGACACAGAGGAGAAAAUCAGAGCUCACAGCCAGAGGCUGGUCCACGUGAAAUCCCGAAUGAGCCUCACGCCGCGGUAUCACACCCUGGAGCGAGAUCUCAUCGAGUACCAAGAACGCCAACUCUUCGAGUACUUUGUGGUGGUCUCUCUGCACAGGAAGCCGGCGGGGAACGUCUACAUCCCCGAGGUCACCCAGCAGUUCCCCCUGAAGCUGGAGAGAUCGUUCAAAUUUAUGCGAGAAGCCGAGGACCAACUGAAAGCAAUCCCCCAGUUCUGUUUCCCCGACGCUAAGGACUGGUCCCCCGUCAGCCAGUUUGUAAGCGAAACCUUCUCGUUUGUCUUGACCGGGGAGGACGGCAGCCGGCGUUUCGGUUACUGCAGGCGGCUCCUGCCCAGCGGGAAGGGCAAACGCCUCCCCGAAGUGUAUUGUAUCGUGAGCCGGCUGGGCUGCUUCAACCUCUUCUCCAAGAUUCUGGAUGAGGUGGAGAAGAGAAGAGGCAUCUCGCCGGCCCUGGUCCAACCAUUUAUGAGGAGUAUUAUGGAAGCGCCGUUCCCCGCUCUGGGCAGGAAGAUCACGGUCAAGAACUUCCUUCCGGGAUCGGGAACCGAGGUCAUCGAACUUUGCCGGCCCCUGGAUUCCCGACUGGAGCACGUGGAUUUUGAAUCGCUCUUCAACACACUGAGCGUUCGGCACGUGAUGCAAAUCUUUGCCUCUCUCCUGCUUGAAAGAAGAGUCAUUUUCAUGGCAGACACCCUCAGUACCCUGUCCAAGUGCUGCCACGCUAUGGUUGCCCUGAUUUACCCCUUCGCCUGGCAACACACCUACAUCCCAGUGCUGCCGCCAUCCAUGAUCGACAUUGUCUGCUCUCCCACCCCGUUCCUCAUCGGUCUUCUCUCCAGCUCCCUGCCUCGUCUGAAGGAGCUUCCAGUGGAAGAGGUUCUGCUGGUCGACCUCGUGAACAAUCGCUUCCUCAGACAGAUAGACGACGAGGACUCUAUCCUUCCACGGAAGCUACAAGCGGCUCUGGAGCAGAUCCUGGAGCAAAGGAACGAGUUGGCCAGCGAGAAGGAGCCGGGGCAAGCGAACACUCAGCAAGACGCGACGUCCCUGAACGACGUGGUAUCCGAAGCGUUCGUGCGUUUCUUCGUGGAAGUCGUGGGCCAUUACUCCCUGUUCCUCGUCCCCGGAGAGCAGGAUGAGAAGUCUCUUCUCCGAGAUGCUUUUCGCAAGUCUCUCUCUUCCAAGAGCGUCCGUCGGUUCCUGGAGGUGUUCAUGGAAACCCAGAUGUUUGGUGGCUUCGUUCAGGAGCGGGAGAUGCGAAAGCAGGGUACAAAAGGUCUGUUUGAGGUCCGAGCGCAGGAGUAUCUGGAGACCCUCCCGUGUGGGGAGCAGAGCGGGGUCAACAAAUUUCUCAACAGAAUAGGUAACAAAAUGCGAUUCCUGCACAAGAAGUAGGGAUGCGGAU